GCACUACUUCUCAUUUGCUCUCUCCUCAGCUUACCUCUCUUAAAUUCUCUCUCUCUCUCUCUCUCUCCCUAAUUACAUCUCUCUCUGUUUCUUUUUAUGCAUGCCCAUUUCUCCUGCAUUAUUCUUCACUACCACUGACAAAACCCCACUGCAAUUCCCAUAUUCCUUUGCGUAAUUGCUAUCUUCUUCCGCACAUAUAUAUACAUAUACCCAUCACUUUGUACACCCAUCACUUUGCCUGACAACCUGUUACACACGUAUAUACAUACGCCCAUACAAACAGAGUGAGAAAGAAGAAAAAGAAAGAGAGAAAAUGUCUAGCAGAAGAUCACGUUCAAGACAGUCAAGUAGUUCGAGAAUCAGUGACGACCAGAUCACGGAGCUCAUCACCAAAUUGCAACAACUUAUCCCUGAGCUCCGCCAUAGACGCUCAGACAAGUUAUCAGCUUCAAAGGUGUUACAGGAGACUUGUAACUACAUCAGGAAUCUGCACAGAGAAGUGGAUGAUUUAAGCGAUCGCUUGUCUGCUCUUUUGGCUUCAACCGACAGUGAUAGUCCUGAGGCUGCAAUUAUUAGAAGUUUACUUAUGUAAUAUCUAUAUAUAUUUAUAGAGAGAAAGAGAGAGAACUGUUCAUCAGAUUCUCCUUUUUAAUUGCUAUAUAAUAUAUGUUCUUGCACUUUUUUUUCAUUAAAAAUUAUGUAUAUCUAGGGUUUAAUUAGUUGGUCACUGUAGACCACCACAAGGGUACACAUGGACUAUAUAUAGUUAUCUACUAAACUAUAUAUAUAUAUAUAUAUGUCAUGCUUUAAUGCCCUUAAUUAAUUUUAUCUUUCUAAUUAGCGAUUAGC